AUGAAAACAAUGAAAUCCAAUCACGAUUUUCAGAAAUUAAUGCCAAAACGCAUAUCAACUAUCAAUAAUUUACACUUUGAUCAAUCACCUGGUGAUGUUUGGGAACUCUUUUACAAUACAUCAUCUAAUUCAGAACCAAUUCAAGGUACAAAUGUUCAGGCAGCAUCAACGAAUAAUGAAUGUUUCUUAUAUAACUGUAUAUUCAUUGAUAUUACAACUAAUAGUGCAAUCUCUUUUUCUGAAGCAAACAAUAAGUUUCUUAACUCUUAUUGUUCAUUUAAUAACUGCAGCAGUAAUACAAAUGGUGGAUCUAUCUACUUUCAGUGUAAUAGUUCCAUUGUCCAAUACCGAACAUGUGGCUGCAAAUCAGAAACAAACUAUGAAGAUGGAAAUGGACAUCAUUCAUAUGUUUGGUUAAUUUCUAGUUCAAAUAAUAAAAAUAAUCUUUAUUUAAGUUCUUUUUAUGAAUGCGGAAAUUUAGGAAAGCCCCAUACAAAUAAUCUUUGUUAUGGAAAUAUUGAAGUUAAAUCAAUCAACACAAGUUUCUGUGAAGCACACUAUGGCUCAGGAAUAUGUCUAAGUGAUCCAACAAGUCUAAGUAACGUAACAUAUUCAUCAUUUUGUAACACAACAUCAAAUUAUUUUAUUUUAGAUUUAGCUAAUGGUAACUAUAAUUUUAAUUUUUGUAAUGUUUUGAAUAAUGAGCACAAAGAAUCUGUUUAUGGAACAUUCUUUGCAUUUGGAUCAACUGUUCUUAUUGAAAACUGUUCAUUUCUUGGAAACACAGGACCAGGAGUAGAAUUUUGUCAAUAUCUUCGUGGUUCAAUUACAGUUAAAGAUUCUUUCUGUGACCGAAUAAUAGAUAAAACAUAUGAAUCAGUUACAACAAAUAAUGUUGAAAAUAUAUAUUCUAUUCAUCAUCUUUCUCACUUUUCUUCAUAUCUUUGUGAAGCAAAGUUUCCUAUUGUUGAUAAAAAACCCACGGCAUCUGCAUCCGAUGCGUUUCAUCAAUUAUCAUUCAUCGUUAGACGAGUGCGUUAA